GCCGCUUCCCGCGCCUGCGCAUCCCGCCUGCGAGUGGCGGCGGUUUCUUCGAGCGCGGCGGUGCGCAAUGGCGGGGCCUGGGCACGGCUUCGGUGUGAGCCCCGGCCGCUCUGCCCAGUGUCUGCAGCGGCGCUACCUGCGGGGGCCGGCGGGGGAUUGCCUUUCAGGAGCAUUACAUACUGGAUAUAAGAGUGGAAGCUCCCUUGAAUACAAAGGUGACAUGGACAGCUCACUGGAAAAUACAACUAUUUCUUUAUCCAAAUGUUCUUUAGUGUCAGAAUUUACGGAAAGUGGACGAGAGAACAGCAUCAGGUCUCCUAGCGAUUUCCUACGAAGUUUUAAAGACUGGGAUUGUUUGGAUGAUGAGCAAGAUUCUUUUUGUGAUUCAAGUGGUUUAGAAGUAGAAGAAAAGACUAUUAAUGGCUCUGAAACUGAUGCAGUUCAAAAUACAGCUAUGUAUGUGGAAACAGGCAGCACCUUACCAUCCCAUUUGGAUGCAAAUACACAAGAAAAUAGUGACCAAAGUAUUACCGAUGCUUUGGCAAGGAGAAUUGUGAAUGAAGCUGAUGUUCAAGCAUGCAAUAGUCAAGGCUUAAUACCACCUCACAUCAGUCAAAUUUAUGAUGAAUUAUUUGUCAUACAUCAAAAGCUCCAGAGAGAAAGUUCAGCACAGCAGGAGUAUGCUCUGCAACUCCAGAAACGAGAGCGUUUUCUAACAGAGCGAGAAACAUUGCUUUUUAAACAUGAAGCAGCUUUAGCUAAAAUAAGAGGUGUUGAGGAAGAAGUUCACACAAAAUUUGGAAUAAUAAAAGAGCAACACGAGGCAGAAGUUAAACAGCUGACAGAAGCCUUAAGGGAAAUAACUAAAGAAAAUAGAAGGCUCAAGUCAUCAUUUGACACCUUGAAGGAAAUUAAUGACUCUUUAAGAAAACAGUUAAAUGAUGUAACUGAGCUGAACAAGAAGUUGGAAGGUCAAGCCAGAAAAGUACAAGCUCGUUUAGAGAAUCUACAAAGGAAGCAUGAAUUUUUAACCGUACAGAAGUCUAAGAAUAUAUGUCAAGUAGUGCAACAAAGUAAACCUGUCAAGCAUGAAAAAGUGAUGGUAACAUCAAAAAUUGCUAAGCUACCAUUGAAUUCACAAGUUUAUGAGCUCUUAACUUUUCUUAUGGAUUGGAUCUCAGACCAGCACCUUAGCAGAAUAAAAAUACAAGAAGAAAAAGGGGACAGUUAUAAACCUCUUGUUACCCAGGCAUCCAAAAAUACCUGCACCCAGGAAAGGUGUAUGAAGCUUUUGCCUAUAGCUACUGAGCAACUCCAGUGGAUGCCAUUUGUGAAUCCUAAACUACACGUGCCUGUGAUUAAAUUUAUUUACUGGUCCAUAAGACAGCUAGACAAUGGUAAUCAGCAUGCAACAAUGACAUCGACAAUGAGAAGACUUGGUGAAGAUAUUUUCAAAGGCAUAGUAAGUAAGGGAAAGCUGCAGAGUUCUGAACAGUCUACAGAGAAUAAAUCAAAAUCAGCAGCUUUCUUUAAGAGUUCCUGUAUGCCUUUGAGGUUUCUGUCAACUUUAAUUGUGCUUAAAACAGUGACACAAGUGGACUACCUGGCUCAAGCAUUGGAUUCCCUCUGCACUGACUUGAAGACAGAUGAAGGGAAGGCCUUAUUUUUGGAAUACCAAUGUAUGCCUGUAAUUUUAAGUCACUUAAAAGUAUCCAGUAGAGGUCUGCUUUCCAGUGCUCUUGAUGGAUUACUUCAGAUGACCAUGGAAUCUGGUUUCUUACAGCCUUUCCUGGAAGCCUGCAGUAACGAAUCCUUCUUCCGUACUUGCUCUGUAUUGCUUCGAAGUUCUAAGCUGGAUAUUCAGGUUUUGGAAAAGCUCUGUGUUAUACUACAAAAACUCUCCAGAAUAAAAAGCAAUAAGAAGAUGUUUGAAUUGUUUGCUCUUCAUCAGGUGAUCCAAGAACUACACAGGACUACAAAUCCAGAUCAUGCUUUUCUCUGUAUAAACCUCAAUUCAAUUCUGUUGAAUUUGGGAUUGUCGAGGAGUAACUCUCUUACCUCCAGCCUAAGCACAAGUCACUAGCACUGUCUUUCAAUCUGAUUAUUGUUCCGUAUAAUUUGUCAACUGCCUGUUACUUGAAAUGUGGAUAUUUUUUUUACUGUUUUCUGUAAAUAAACUAAGCAGAGCCACAGUACUCUGUAAGUUGCUCUGUAUCAUGUACAGUCUCAUUGAUAUUUCCCUCAUUGGCAAAAAGGAAAAUGAAAAACUGCAUAAUACGCUAAAUGGCUUUCUUCAACACUUUUUAAAGAAGUGAAAUAAUGCUGCUGUUCUGAAUGACUAAUGCAAUCAAAGGAAUUGGAUCCCUUGAGUAAGCAGAUCAGAAAUAUCAACCUUUCCUCACAGGUAUGAAUCUUAGUUACCUUUGACUCUUCAGAGAGUUUUAGAAAUUCAUUUAUUUAUUUUACUGUUGAUAAGUAACAGGCGGGUAUCUUCCCAAAUUGUCUUUUGAGACAAUUACAGUUUUAAUUAUUAAAACCAGGUUUUGAUUUAACAUAACUAGAUGUGUUGAAUGAGAAAUGUUGUUAUUGUUGUUUUGAUUUCAGAAGGUCUUAGUGUUUGUUUGACCUUUUCUUGUAAUUAUGUAACAUUUAGUAUUUUACCCUGCUUUGUAUGAAUUUCUAGUGUAACUUUGGGUUGUAAGAUCUCUGAAAAUGUAGAUAAAAACAUUUCUUAAAAAGCUUGUCGAUAGUAAUCCCUAAUGUAUAAUUAUUAUAUGUUAUUGUUUCUGAUAUAUUUUUUAUUAAUUUGCAUUGCAAUCCUCAUCUGAUCUCUUUUCUGAGUGUGAUAAUACAGCUCAGUGUUCACACAUAGGAAACAGGAUACUUUUAAAAAUUCAAUUUAGUCUUCCAUUUCUUAUUUCUGUUUUGUACCGUAAUUACUGAUACUCUUUAAUUGUAAAAUAUAUAUUGCAGUUAAAAUUAAAGAUCUAUUGUAUGUUAGUCUUUGACUAACACUGGCAGUCAGUAUAAAACUUCAGAGAAGUUUACUUCUCAUUUUUAUACGUUUUUUCUUGCUUUUCCUUUGUAUUUCUACCUUUGAACUGCAUCUUUGAAGCUGAAUUCUAACUGCAAAUAUUUUUCUAGCAAUUCGACUUACAUUUCUGACAAGCUUUUCUAUGAAAGGAGUCUACAGCAGAUUUGGCACCAAGUGUGUCUGGAAGUGAGAGCGAGCAGUGUGUGCUCGUUGGGCAGGAAACCAGUCCUAGGUAAUUUUAAAAUAUCACUAAUCACAGCUAAAAGCUUUUGCUGACAGUGGAUUAUGUUUUGGAAUAAGUAUUUCUUAAUCUGUAGUUUUGGUUUUCUGUCAGAUUUACUAGCAGUGCGAAAGCUUGCACGUAGCUUUGACUGGAGAGAAAAUCCUCUUUCUUAGGAAAUGUCUUCGCUGUCCUCAUGUGCUAAAAUAUUAGAAAAUUAAUAACAAAAAAAGCACGCUAUACGAAGUUGUUAGAUUUCCCAUGUCUACAGUAGUGUUGCUUGUGCUCUUGGCUUUCAGCCUUCAUCACUGUUUGUGAAUCUGCUGAUCUACCUUGUGGUACCAAUUUAACACAAUGUGUUCACAUCUUAUAAUGGCAAAGGUGAUGUGGUAAAGAGAUGCCCAGAGUAUGGUGUAGCUUUUACUGCUGGUCCCUUGUGUUUUAUAUGCAGUAGUUUUUACAGCCUGAAAAGAUGAAUCACUGUUGAUUUCAAGUUUUUAUGAUCUAGAAUGUUUCUGUUUAAAAUGCAGGAAAGAAAAAAGGUUUUUGGAUCUGUUAAAUGUUAAUGUAGUUAAAUUGAUUGAUGAACUAAAGAUGAGACUAAUUAUUUUUAAGUAACUUUUAACGGAGCUUUGAAGAAAAAUACAAGUUCUUGAUUUCACAAUAAGCAUAAAAAGUAUCAAAAAUAAAGAAAUAAAUGAAUUAUGGAAAUGAAUAUGAACUGGCUUGUGAAGAAUAGAUACUUCUAUAAAUAAAAAAGCUAUAGUGAAGUUCCAAAA